AUGCAGCUCAACAGCCGUCUAUUGCUGGGUGGUCUGAUCGCCUUCUACCACGUGGCUGCCCAGACCGUUGUUGUCGAUAGCGAGACAGUCGAUGCUAAUGAGGAUAAUGUUUGUGAGGCGGGCGAGGCUGUCGAGGGUGAUUAUCUCCCUGAGGAGAAGACCCAAUUGACUGAUGUCAUCCUGUCAAAGCUUACUGAGCUCAAACUCACUGAUGCCUCCCUCCUCGCCUUUGCUGACGGCUCCGAGGCUCCUUCUCAGAAGUGCAAGACCUUUCCCGGAGAGGAGCACUGGCCGGGCGAUGUCAGCUGGCGUGUUCUGGAUCUCGUCACUCGAGGUGCUGUUAUCAGGAACGUUCCCAUUGCGGCGCCAUGUUACAAAGACUACGUUGUCUACGAUAAGGAUCGAUGCAGCGAGGUUAUCGGGCAAUGGGGAAACUCGUCUCUUCACAUAAGGGACCCAACUUCCGUCAUGUCUCCUUUAUAUGAAGGUCUCACAUGUCCGCCCAGCGAAGAUCCCAGUGGGAAAUGCACUCUGGGUGGCUACCCAGUCUACUCGGUUGACGCUCGCAACGUCGCUCACAUUCAGCUGGCCGUCAACUUUGCUCGUUCCAACAAUAUUCGGUUGGUGAUCAAGAACACUGGUCACGACUUUAACGGCCGCUCUGCUGGUGCUGGCGCUCUUUCGAUCUGGACUCAUCGCUUCAAGACCAUGGAAUUUCUUGAGGAGCGCAAGACCUUGUCGUACUGUGGUCCAGCCUUGAAGGUUGGCGCCGGAGUCGUUGGAGCCGAGCUUUAUGAAGCUGCUGAGAAGUACGGUGUUACCGCUGUGGGAGGUGAGGGUCUUAGUGUCGGUUAUGCUGGCGGAUAUCUGGCUGGUGGUGGACACUCGCCCAUGUCGCCUCUAUAUGGCAUGGGUGCAGAUCAGGUCCUCAGUAUCGAAGUCGUCACUGCGGAUGGCCGCUUCAUCACGGCCAACGAGGAACAAAAUACCGAUCUCUUCUGGGCUCUCAGAGGUGGCGGCGGCAGCACUUACGGUGUUGUAACUUCUUACACCGUCAAGGUGUACCCGAAGAUCAAGGCUGCUGUCAUGUCAUUCAACUUUAGCAGCGCCGACACCUCCUACGACACUUUUUGGCUUGCUGUUCGAGCUUACUGGGAACUCAUCCCGACUUUCAAUGACGCGGGAAACUACGAAUACUGGAACAUCUGGCAUACCGGCCCUGAAACUUUGACUUUUAACAUGGUUCCUUGGUUUGCGCCUGGCAUGACCCUUGCGGAGUUGAAGGCUCUGACCAAGCCCCUCUUCGAUAAGUGGGAUGAGUUGGGCAUCAAGUUUGAAGUUACCGAGUCGGAACAUGAUAGUUACUAUCCUGCUUGGAAGGCUGGCUUCCCUCGUGAGGUUAUUGGAGGGGCUGCUUCGAAGACGGCCGGGCGUCUUUUCCCCAGGGAAAACUUGGUAGAAAAGUUCGACGCGACCUUUGACGCGCUGAAGAGCGUGUGUGACAAGGGUGGACAGAUUAUCGGCUUCGGCAUCACUGGUGGUCCCGGACCCUAUCCUGACAACGCUGUCAACCCCGCAUGGCGAGGUUCUGCAAUGUGGGCGAUCGCCGUCAUCAACUGGCCCGAGGAUAGCUCUAGAGAAUUCGCCGCCCAAGAGAGCAAGAAGCUGACAGAGGACUGGAUGAAGCCUUGGCGAGAGGUUUCCCCUGGCAGUGGUGCGUACGCUUCGGAAGCGGAUGUGACAGAACCCGAUUUUCACCAGUCCUUUUAUGGAACAGAGAAGUAUGAGAGACUUCUUGGUAUCAAGGAUAAAGUUGACCCAAGUGGUCUCUUUUACGCGCAUGAGGGUGUUGGCAGUGAUCGUUGGUAUGUCACUGGUCAACUCGACGGACUUCCGACGCAGAAUGGGCAGCUCUGCAGGGUUUGA